GCAAAGUUUGCAUGCCUUUCUAGUGGGAUUUUUUCAUCUUUGGACUUUUCGGAAAAGACCUCAGAAGACACUGAAGGAGAAGGUGAAAGCGGCCCAUCGGACAGCGGGCCCCAGUCGGCACCAUGGCGCCAGUCCUUCCGCCCUCCCGCCAUCUUUUCUUCCUCUUUUACCUCUCUUCCCUAAUUAUCCAGCCCGCUGUCACUCAAGAUCCGUCCGUCACCACGGUGACGGUUACUGAAGACAGCCGCUUCGUGGUGCCUUCCACACUGGUCAACAAUACAACUCCCACCUAUGUGGAGACCACCCAAAACCCGCUUCAAGACACGGGCUUGUCCACGCCCUCCAGCGGAGGCGAUGUGGACGACGAGGACGGGCCCCCUGUUGGCGGGACCCGUUGCCAGGGUUACUACGACGUGAUGGGCCAGUGGGACCCGCCCUUCAACUGCAACGCCGGUGUCUUUUUGUACUGCUGCGGUACCUGCUUCUACCGCUUCUGCUGCCAGUUCCGGCAGCAGCGGCUGGACCAACGCAUCUGCUCCAACUACGACACGCCCAUCUGGGCCAACACCGGCAAGCCCGUGGCCGCCGUCACGGAGGGCCAGGAGGACCAGGAGCGUGACCGCACGCACCUCAUCGUCUACAUCAUCUGCGGCGUGGUGGCCAUCAUGGUGCUAGUGGGCAUUUUCACCAAACUGGGCCUGGAAAAAAGCCGCGGGGGAGGCCCGGCAUCCACUGCCGCUGCGCCCGCUGACCUCAACUCCAGGACACUGACUGACCUGCUGAAGCGACAGGGGGGAGAAGUGAACUCACUGGAGAACGCCGUGACCAGUUCGCCCAGCGGAGGCAGGGCCAACGGCGUCUCGUCCAGGAUGCAGCGCAGCAGGAGCGAGCAGUACCAUCUAAAUAACUCCGCCCGUGGCCCCUCAGGACCAGGGCUUCCUCACUCUCACAGCAACCACAGCACAGUAGGACUCAACAAGUACACCUCUCUCAAAGCCGUGGCGGAGAGUGCAUCUCACAGUUAUUACAAGAGCUUCCCACUCAUGGACUUUGCUCACUAUCAGGCGCCCGCCUUUCAGCCAGCGCCAGCGCAGCCCAAAGAGAAGUCCUACAUCCACCAGCACCUUCCAUCUCCAUCCAACCUCCAUGCUCCCCUCUCCAUCUCCAUCCCCUCCAGUCAUCUGGAACACUCCCACCUCCCAAAGACCACCACGCACCCGUUGCUCUCCAGCUCGGCCUUUAAAGCUUGGGAGCCGGUCGGUCGCCACGUCCAAAGGCAGAGCUCCGCCCCGGGGUCCGGGCCCACGCACGCCUCCCACUGGAGACACGGGUACUCCACCCGUCGGCAACAGAGCAUCGAGAACAUGCCAGAUCUUUUUAGCCAGCCCUGUGGAGGGAUGUACGCGGGAGGUGUUGGGGGCCACGGGAUGCAUUUUCACAUGCAGCCGACCUAUUACCAACAGGCAAAUACCAGGAAAAAGAACUACGCCACACACAGUUCGACAGAGGUGACAGUCUGAGUGAUGUGGUCUGCCGCAGUUUAGCAUUCUGAAAGCUGGUGCCAGGGAGAACACCAGACGGACUUUGAGAUUGGUGAGCCCAAGAGUUACAAAAAGGGGAGGAAUAAAAUGAAGGGAGUCAACAAAAUACAGCAGAUGGUACACAGAGAACAGUAACUUUACAUACCAACAAGUAUAUUGUACUAAAUGUGUAGAGUAGCUGGAAAGAACUGUAGCAAGGUUAUUUGAAAACAACUCAGGUUCCUUCCGAUCACCAUCGCCCAUCCUCUGACUGACUAAAACAACUUCAGAUUCAGCACCAUAACACGCUUUCCUUUUUCCACGCAGAGGGAUUGCAUCAUAGAUUAGCACAGAGACAGAACGAGGAUAGGGAUUUGUUUUAUUUGUGAUAAGUUUUUUUUUUCCUGGGAAUUGACCAAAAAAAUAAAAACAAGACAUUUGUUUCUUAAGUGAUGGAUUACAUAAACUUUUCACACCUUUCCUCAAACCCUAAGCCUUUCCACAUUCUGGAAAUAGGCCAGUAUCCUUUAUCCUCUUUAUACAAUAAACAUUGCAUAGCACACUUUUGCAGAUGCUUCGCUGAGCCUAUUAUCCUUGGGGGAAAAAAAAUGAUACUUUGCAUCUCAUUGUCUACCUCUAUGCACAGCUGGCUUCCCUGUGUAACUUUUGCUCGGCUCUCGAACUUUCCCACCGUAGCUCCACUGUGUAGCGUUUAGCUUUUGGUACCAUCAGGCCAAGCAUACAGGGACAGCAGCCCCCGGGGCGACAUUAACUCAACGGUGAGGACAAUGCCACCAUCACGUCAACUCCCAUCAGGCGUCAUCGAAAUCCACGGAGGGGGAGAGAGGAGGGAAGGGGAGCUCGUAAAAGCCGGAGGCUCGGACCCUUUGGAAAAGAGGAGAAAGAGGGAGGAGAGAAGAAAAAAUAGAAAACACACUAUGUUUCCCUUGCUUAAGGGGAGGAAAGGCAAACGAGUCACUGUGAAUCUGAGUUUCUCACUACUGAACUGUCUGGGUCAUAACGUGGAGUGUGCGGACCUGCGAGGACACUCGUGUUAUUUUUUGGCCUUUGGGCACUAUUGCAGUGAAACAAGUGUGGGCAUUUUCAAGCCGGGAGCUUCAAACAACACCACCGGAGCCUGGAUAGCAAAAGACGCCACGCGGUUCUACGCGCUGAUGUGGACAAGUUAAUCUUAUUUGUUGGUGAAGCUCAGGAACCGCACAAAGACGUGUUUAAAAGUGUUGUCAUGAUACGGGAUUGUGCAAACAAAGUGAGGCUUGAGUGAGA